AUGGACCUGCCCGACGUGGAUGAAAGGAUAUACCACGAAUUCGGGUCUAACUUGCGUUAUCGGGUCGACAAACCCCACGAAUGGAACGUCGAGGGUUACAAAGGCUCGCGACGUUUUCGCAGCCGACGUUGGACCAGGCAGUGCAUCCGGGAAAUGAAACCAGAAGACUUGGAGCAUCUUGAAUCGUACAUCAACCUGCAGCUGAAGCUCGAUCUGGAGGUCCAGCGCCUUGCGGCUUUCAUCCACAAGCGACGCGCUCUGCAGGCGUCCCUUGACAAAUCCUCGAAGAAAAAGCUGCCCAAAGACGAAGUCAAAGCCGAGGUCGCUGCUAUCCAGAAGCAAUUGGAAGACCUAAAGAUUGAAACCCAGCCUGCGCGCGAUGUCAUUUGGCACACGUCCUGCUCGAUCUUUCUCAGCCUCGCAGAGUUCCCUGCGGGAGAUCUCAAAGACCGUCUGGCGGAGCCUCACGCCGACAACAACUGGGCCUUUUUGCACUGCAAGGCAAGAGGCGGGUGCUGUCGUUAUGACUGCAAAUGCUGCUCAAAGCCCAGAGAGGGUCUUGAUAUCCAGGGGGUUGGACACUGUACCUCGGCCUGCUUUUGCUGCGAGGAGAGACGCGGAACUCAUAUUGAUACUUCGAAUGGCGAUCCACAGGGAAUGGAAAUGAAGGUCUCCAAGCUGGGUGAGAGCAGGGAGUGUGUUGGUCUGGUGGAUGUGUUCAUCGGCCUGGUCAAAACUGGUUAUGCGCCUCUCCCAAAGCCAAAACCUACUCAUUGGUGGAUGGCUGGUUAUGAUCCUAUCCCGAGAAUUAUGAGGGGCUUCCGAUGA